UCUUCAUCUUUUCUUGACCAUCACCCAUCGUUGCGGUCAUCAAUGGCGAGCAUCCGCCUCCUCUCGAGCCUCAUAUUCUUCCUCACCUUCUCCUCCGUUCUGGCCAUUAAUGGAGCCAACACGACCUUGAAAACAGCCCCAAGACGCGCCAUGCGAGUGAGCUCGGCUCUCGCAAUCGCCCAGUAUAUGAGCUCUCACAAUGCAGUUAGGGCAAAGCACAACCUCCCUCCUCUCAGUUGGAGCACGUCCCUAACGAACUACGCAAGGUGGUAUGCGAGCCAGCGGAGAGGGGACUGCGCGCUCAUCCACUCGACCAGCAACUACGGCGAGAACAUAUUCUGGGGACAGGGCAAGCAUUGGAUGCCGAAGGACGCUGUUGCCGCGUGGGCUGCUGAAGAAGCUUACUUCGAUUACAACUCCAACACGUGCAUGGCGGGCAAAGAUUGCACGCACUACACGCAGCUCGUGUGGAGGACGACGCAGAAGGUCGGGUGCGCUCAGAUCGUGUGCAAUUCUGGCGACACUUUCAUUACUUGCGAGUAUUCGCCUCACGGCAAUGUGAUCGGAGAGAGGCCCUACUAAGGAAAAGACUAUGCGUGUUUCACCUUUAACUUUCGUAAUAAAUGGAUCUCAUGCGAGGCAGAUGCAUUGGGUGAAUCGCUAAAUGUUUUUCUACUAGAAUUAGCACUCUAUCUGCUCGUCUUCUUUUUUUCUUUUUUUCGGGGGGGAGGAGGAGAGGAAUAUUUGACAAGUACAGAGAGGGGGAUGACUUUAGAUUUGAGAAGAGUAACAUCUCCGAACUAAAUUCU